AUGCUUCAAACAGACUCUGAGUUCACUAAAACACGAUGGAUCUGUACAAUCAUAGGACUGGGCUUUUACCUGGUGGACAUUGUGACAGAUGUGGGACUAGCAGUGAAGUACUUCCUGGUCGGAGACCUGGUCUGGGCUGGACUGACUCUAGUCUCUGUGGCGGUCUCAUCGGCAGCCACACAGGUCUUCAGCUACACCUGGUACAGAGAUGACAUGAGAAAACCCCUUGUUAACCCAGGUGGAGAUGGGCUGAUAUCUUGUAUGAAUAGAGGAGGACUGAUUGGACUCCAUGUCAUGCAGACGGGCAUCUUUACCAGGUACUACCACCUGUUGAAGGUGGGAUACAGGGCGGUGUUUUCCAAGCCCCUUGGGCCUGUUGAAUGCCCCAGAGAUGUGCACCUGGCCCUGUUUGGCCGAGCGACUGAUCUGAGCAUGCUCAAACUGUUUGAGACGUUCCUUGAGAGCGUUCCACAGCUAGUCCUCCAACUCUACAUUAUGCUGGGUCACGGACACAGGUCCAUACUACAAUGCAUCUGCAUGGUGGGCUCAUUCAUCAACAUCGCCUGGGCUAUAGUGGACUACCGCCGGUGUCUCCGCCGAUCCUUACCCCAGGUCCGAGAGAUGCCUUCUGGCCUCCCUACCUUCGUCUACCUCCUGUACAAGCUGUUGACCAUCACCUCUCACAUCCUCAGCCUCAGCCUCUUCCUCAUCCUCAGCCCCUACAGUACCCUGGGAAUGGCUGUCGUCUGGCUGGCUGGAACCGUCUGGGCCCAUUGGGUCCGUACUGACUUCUGCACGUCUAAAGGUCUAGAGAGGCUCUAUCGGAUCAUCGUGGGAGUCGUCCUCAUAUUCACAUUCUUUAACGUGAAAGGACAGGAUGCCAGUUGGCCGAUGGCUGUGUACUACGUUCUCUUUGCGUUAGUGAACCUCUCUGGUCCUUUGCUGCUGGUUCUGGUGAGGCCAGAGGUUAACGCUACUGAGUACUUUUGGCCGGUGACUCUGCUGAUAUUUGGAGGGACCGUUCUAGGGCUGGCCUGUCUGGUCCUGUAUUAUACUGUCUGCCAUCCCAGAGGGAGGAGUCUACAGGCAGAUGAGGUGGAUGGACACAUGGGACAGGAGAGAGAAACAGAGAUGCCAGACAACAUGGUGAGAAUUAGGAACUUCCUACAGCUCUGA